AUGGUAUAUUUUGUUUGUAAUCGAUGCCAGGAGACAAUCCGAAAGGUGAAAGUGGACGAACACUCAAAACGUUGUGGUUCAAAUUCUUUUUCGUGUGUGGACUGUGGAAAGGAUUUUUCUUUAACAGCAGCUCGUAACCAUAAUACUUGCAUUACUGAAGAGGAAAAAUAUCAGGGAAAGCUGUAUAACGCUGGCAAAAAGGAGAACCCACAGUUGGAGUGGAUGCGAAUGUUGGAUGGAGCUGUGGCGAACAACAAAGAUCCUUCCUUAAAAGAGCCUCUGAAUAAAUUGCUGUCGAUGGAAAAUGUUCCUCGUAAGAAAGCCAAGUUUAUCAACUUUGUAAAGAACUGUUGCCACCUUCCCAGCAAUAUAGUUGAAAAAGUGUGGAGUGUGCUUGAAGCAGUGAAGGAUAAGCAAGCGAAGGAGCGUCAAAAACGCGAGCAACUGCUUCGUGAGCAGGUAGCAAAUCAGCGAUGA